AUGGUCACACACCCGGUAUGGGUCACUCUGGCGCGCUACGACAUCGGCGUCAACGACUCUUUAGUGAGGGACCUGGCCAACGAGAUAAUCGCCAAUGGAUUUAAGAACAGCCACAUCGAAAUAGACGUCAUUUGGGAGACCUGCUACGGCAGCCUCACGUUCGACACAAACCUCUUCCGGGACAUACGGGCUCUCACAGAUGAACUACGCUCGUUGGGCUUCCGAGCACUCCGCAACGAGUCAGGGAUCGACUCGUUCGAUUUUGACUAUGGCGAGGUAAGUUUCUUGCCGAAGCCGUCCACCAUAGAGCCCAUAGAGCGAAACCCAGUGGCCUUCAGCGACGCGUAUGCAAAGGUGAUCUCGCAGUUCGGGCCCAUGGUGCAGAUGGAGACCAGCGUGGAGAAACAGCAGCUGCCCAACUACUUCGUAAUGGACAAACUGAAGAGCGACCGGAGCGGCCAGCACGGUCUCAAGACGUUAAUACCCAAGCUGCUACAGCUCAACUUGGUCGGCUACCCUUUCAUUGUCGGGGAGAUGGUGGGCGGCGGCAACAGCAAGACGUGGUCCGAGCUGUACGUGCGCUGGCUGCAGGCCAGUGUCUUCAUGCCGGUCGUAAAGUACUCCUUCACGCCGUGGGACUUUGACAACGAGACGCUGGAGAUCUGCCGCAACCUCACCGAUCUGCACACACAGUACGCGCCGCGAAUCCUGGAGCUGAUGCAGAAGGCGGUGGAGGACGGCACGCCGGUCAACCUGCCCAUCUGGUGGCUCGACCCCACCGACUCCACUGCACAGACCAUCGACUCAGAGUACCUGCUGGGCGAGGACGUGUUGGCGGCGCCGGUGAUCACCCAAAAAUCGGUGCGGCGCGACAUCUACCUGCCAGGGGCACCUGGAGGGACGAGGCCGACCCAGAGCACCCCACCAUACAGGGCCCCACUUGGCUCCGCAAAUACCUUGCUCCUCUCAACACUCUGCCCUACUUCACCAGGAUCAGCUCCUCAUGGUCUUCAGUGGCUGCAUGUGUCACGUCUUUCUGUUAUUGUACAUUGUAAUCGACCCAUAUGUACAUCGGUGUAA